GGAGAAGAAAAUCGAGGGACUGAAUUUUAUCAGAUGCUUAGCUGCUUUUCAUUCUGAGAUAUUGAACAUGAAGUUGCAUGAAACAAAUUUUGCAGUAGUUCAAGAGGUAAAAAAUUUACGCUCCGGAGUUUCUCGUGCUGCUGUGGUCUGUUUAAGUGAUCUUUUCACUUACCUGAAAAAGAACAUGGAUCAAGAACUGGACACUACAGUUAAAGUUUUGUUGCACAAGGCUGGCGAAUCAAAUACAUUUAUUAGAGAAGAUGUUGACAAAGCGUUAAGAGCUAUGGUUAAUCAUGUAACUCCUUCACGUGCAGUUAUUUCUCUUAUCAAUGGAGGACAAAGCCAUUUACACAUUGCCGUAAGAAAGUGUACAGCCCAGCACUUAUCAGAUGUGGUGGAAUUUAUGGAACCAGAACGUAUUUUGUCUGGAACAAAGGAUAUGGCUGAACGUAUAUUACCAGCUGCUGCUAAAUUUGCUCAAGAUAGCUCACAAGAAACCAGGUAUUACGGUCGAAAGAUGCUCUUCCUCAUGAUGUGUCAUCCUAACUUUGAAAGAAUGCUUGAAAAGUAUGUCCCAUCUAAAGAUUUGCCAUAUAUUAAGGAAUCUGUUAAAAACUUACGGCAAAAGGGUUUGGGAGAGAUACCACUAGAUACUCCUUCAGCAAAAGGAAGACGAUCUCAUACUGGCAGUGUUGGAAAUACUAGAUCAUCAUCUGUUUCUAGAGAUGCUUUCAACUCAGCUGAAAGAGAGGUAACCGAAGUUCGUGAAAUCAUCAGAAAAUCAGUUCCUCGUAAUUCCUUAGAAAGUGCUGAGUACAUUAAAGUCUUAACAGGUUUAUUAAAUGCAAAAGAUUUUCGUGAUCGUAUUAAUGGGAUUAAGCAGCUUUUAUCAGAUACGGAAAAUAAUCAAGAGCUUAUUGUUGGAAACAUUGUGAAGAUCUUUGAUGCUUUUAAAUCUCGACUUCAUGAUUCUAAUAGUAAAGUAAAUCUAGUGGCUCUGGAAACAAUGCACAAAAUGAUUCCUUUACUUAGAGACCACUUAUCUCCUAUAAUCAACAUGCUAAUUCCAGCAAUAGUGGAUAACAACUUGAAUUCCAAGAAUCCAGGCAUCUAUGCUGCUGCUACAAAUGUCAUUCAGGCACUGAGUCAGCAUGUAGACAAUUACUUACUCCUACAGCCAUUUUGCACAAAAGCUCAGUUUUUAAAUGGAAAAGCAAAACAGGAUAUGACAGAAAAACUUGCUGAUAUUGUUAUGGAACUUUACCAAAGGAAGCCCCAUGCCACAGAACAGAAAGUAUUGGUUGUUUUAUGGCACCUCUUAGGGAACAUGACAAAUAGUGGCUCUCUGCCUGGAGCUGGAGGAAAUAUACGGACAGCCACAGCUAAAUUAUCAAAAGCACUUUUUGCACAGAUGGGUCAGAAUCUGUUAAAUCAGGCUGCAUCUCAACCACCACAUAUCAAAAAGAGUUUAGAGGAGUUGCUCGAUAUGACAGUUUUAAAUGAAUUAUGAAUCUUUGAUAAAAUAUGAUAUGAUAAAACUGUUUACAUGAUAAGUGGAACUUUUUUAAAGCUACAUUUUCAGUGCCUGCACUUCAUAUCCAGUAAAUUAAGCAAAUGGCUAUUUUAAUCAGUUGAUGUGUACACAUCCGUCCCAUACCAGCCCUACCCCCUGUACCCAUCACACGCAAACCUGGAAUAACCUAUGAUGAAAUCUGAGGUGCGUAGGAUGAACCCAAUUUUAAUAUUUCUGAGAAAAAUCCUGCUCAUUUGCACUCUUCUAUAGAUACUGCAAUUUUUUGCCCCAUAUGUACAAUUAGAUUUGUAAUUAAAAAUAUACUUUUUAUUAUGUAAUCAUGUUCUGCUAUGUCUCAUUACUCAACCUUGUUUUAUGAAGUGAAAGCCAUUGGACUGUGUUAUCACAAACUAAGUUUUUUGUGCUAUUUGUGGAAAACAUGUAUUUCUGAAUCAGUUCGCUUAUAAUAAGAUUGUGCAGUAUUAGCUUGCUUUUGCUCCUGUGUUAAUGUGAUAUACUUGCUUACCUUUUGGAUUUAAUUAUCUCUGCAUAAUUAUGAAAUUUAACAAGUUAUAACAAAGCAUGAUGACCAAAGGUUUAGACAUUAAACAUUUUAAGUGCACAUUUAAGAAAAACAUGUUGAAUGUAACUUCCCUAUUUUUGUGUGCAAACACUAAAUUUUAUUUCUAUAUGUUCUGACAUUUAUAAAGGUGUUAUUUUGCUGCCCAGUUGUGUAAUUCUCAAAAAUAGUGCCAGGUCUUCUGUAGCUUUUUUCAGAAUUCUUGGGCUUUCAAGUACUGUAUGCAUCUUUAAAAAGAAAAGGAAUGUUAUAAAAUAAAAGGAUUUAUUUCUGUA